GGGAAAAAGCAGAGGAGCUUAAUUUAUACUGGUUUCAAUAAAAUAUUAAUAAAGAGCAGCUUUAGCAGAAAUAAACCUUCCUUACCUCCUUCUCUGGCGCGGCAGCCAUUUUAUUUGUUUGUGUUAGUGAACGCUGUCCUCUGAUUGGCCGCUUGUUUGUCGCAGUUCCUCCUCAGUUCCUGAACUACCCGACCAACAGCUACGCCUACGAGGCGACCGACAUCGAGCUGGAGUGCGCCGUGACGGGGAACCCUCUACCGACCGUCCGCUGGAUGAAGAACGGAGAGGAGGUCAUUCCCAGCGACUACUUCCAGAUCGUAGACGGAACCAACCUGCAGAUUCUGGGUUUGGUGAAAUCAGACGAAGGAUUUUAUCAGUGUGUGGCUGAAAACUCAGCAGGCAGCGCUCAGGCCAUGGCCCAGCUGCUGCUCAGAGAGCCAGAGGCCACACCCACUCAGUUCAGCCCCGCCCUCACGCCUCCUCUUCCUCCUUCUGGCUCCCCUUUGACUUACUCCUCCUCCUCUGAUCCCCCACCAGUGUCCCCCAGCCCAGGCGUUGCCCUUCCCUCUGCCCCCCGCGACCUGGUCCCUGUCCUAGUGUCCAGCCGGUUCGUCCGGCUCAGCUGGCGCCCCCCGGAGGAGACCGGAGGAGGCGUGCAGACGUACGGCGUCUACUACUCCCAGGCCGGAGUCGACAGGGAGCGGUCAGUGAACGUGUCGGAGCCGGAGUCCCUGGAGCUGACCGUGUCCAACCUGAAGCCCGAGGAGAGCUACAGCUUCAGGGUGGUGGCCUACAACGAGGCCGGGCCCGGGCGCAGCUCCUCCCCCCUGCAGAUCGCCACCAAGCCCGACCUCCAGGUUCCCAGCAGGGUGGAGUCUCUGCGGGCGCUGGCUCUGUCCCCCUCCUCCAUCCAGGUGAGCUGGGAGCCGCCCAGCCUCCCUAACGGACCCGUCCUGGGCUACCGCCUGCUGUGGACCGAGAGCCCGUCUGGAAAGGAGCAGAGCGUGGAGGUGAGCAACAUCAACUACAAGAUGGACGGACUCAACAAGUUCACCGAAUACACGGUCCGGGUUCUGGCCAUCAACCGCUACGGACCGGGCACCGCCUCCGAGACGGUUACCGUGACGACACACUCAGACGUUCCCAGCGCUCCUCCUCAGAACAUCACCCUGGAGGUCGUCCUGUCCCGGGUAAGUCCACACGUCUGUCCGACCCGACUGACCAUCCACAGCAUGACGCUGCCACUACCGUGCUAAAGAAUUUGUUUCAAA